AGAAAUUAAUUUAGGGCUCUUCGUGUAAAUUCUAUAACUUUGCAAAGAAAGGUCAUGUAGAGUUGGGAGAGGUCUCAUUUUAAUCAGAAAUGUGCGGGCUACAAUCAUGCCUCAUUAAGAACGGUUCAGGUUAUUUUUUAGGGUUUCUGAAAAACUCGUUUUCUAGAAAACCAGGUCUUCGAAGGACUAUGCGGAAGCCGCAUGGUCGUAUUCGUAAUCAGUAUGGUCGAUAACCUAUAACCCACUAGAUUUCGAGCAAAAAGCGUUUAAUCACUUCGUGGGGUUCCCUCGUCAGAAGAAAAGUUUAACAAUAAUUUUACUAUAACGUCGAGAAUAUGAUGUAUCAUAAGCACUAGAAAAAUGAUCAUACAAAUUAUUAUCUGUUCAAAACAACAGCACCAUCGCCAUCAUCUCACUGUCAAAAAGAAUUUGAAUUUUGUUUUCUUCAAAAAUUGACUUACUGAAAAAUCGCUGGAAAACCGUUUUAUAACUGGAAAGGCUAAGGUGGUAAUAUGUUGUUUUUUUUCAUGAGUAAAUAGCGCAGAGUGUCCUCUUCAACACGGGAGUCAAACGAGACUUUGAUAUUCAGUGAUUCGGACGGGAGGGAAGGAGAGAAUUUCUAGGAGAAUCAGAACUAGCACUCGGUGGCUUGGAGUAACCGUGAAAACGCAAGAGACAUGCGUAAUCGGCAAAAAUCAGAAACCUAAUGACAGAUCCUUGUAGUGUUAGAAAAAUAGCUUCUGAUGAGACAAUUGACCUGUAACAAAGUUCUUAUUACGAUUGUUGGUUUUGCAGCACGAAAUUGUCAAUGAUAAUAUAGUUUUCUAUAGAUAAGAUUCAAAACAGGUGGAUAAUAUCCGUUUAAGAUUUGAUCCGAUAAUUGAUUCAACUAUGAAUAUUUCAUCAACAACAACAUCUUUAAUACCCACGGAACUUCAAUGGCGUCUAUCUAUUCUCGUCAUAUUGCUUACGGUAUUGUGUAUUGUGACAAUAUUCGGUACUGUACUAGUUAUGUGUGCUGUUUACUUUGAAAAAUCUUUACAUUCUUCAACCCAUUAUUAUGUCGCAUCUCUUGCCUUUGCCGAUCUAUUUGUUGGUCUCAUCGUUAUACCAUCGGGAAUUAUUGUCGAAAUGACGAGAGGCAUUUGGCCAUUUAAUAAAAUUUUUUGUGAUAUUAAAUUAUCUAUCGACGUAUUUGCCUCAACAGCAUCCAUUUUGGGUCUGUGUGCAAUAGCACUCGAUCGUUAUUAUGCAAUUAUUAAUCCAAUGUCAUAUCCAAAUUCAUUUGUAACAAAAAAAUGGUACUAUGUAGUUAUUUGUCUUUGGACAUGUGCAGCAAUUUUGUCAUUUCCAACCGUGGUUUAUUGGAGAAAAACUUCUGAAUGGAAAGCACUAGCUAGAAAACGAAUAAAUUCGACAAAUAAAAUUCAACCAACAUUGUAUCGCUGUGAGUUUCCUGAUGAUCCAUACUACAUUUUAUUUUCAUCCAUCGUCGUAUUUUAUCUACCAUUGAGCAUUAUGCUAUUUGUUUAUGUUCGAAUAUUCUAUGUUGCUCGACGACAAUUACGUUCGUUUCGUACUGGUGUAUUAAAACCUGAACGACAUAAUCUAACAUCAAUUAUACCAAAAUUUCAAUUAAAUCAUAGGAUAUCUAUCACAGCAAACCGACCAUCUCGUAUUGAAUCACCAAUUUCACUAGUGACAGCUAGUCCACUUCGUGUUCAUGUUGGCAAAUAUCGAGCAUCGAUUCAACAUGAUACCAUUUCAAUUUCAUCCAAUUCACUCUCAAACAAUCAUUCGCUCUUUUUACAUUCAUUAUCAAAAAAAGUUUUUAAAUAUGCUGCAGAUCGAAGAGUGGCAAAAAUGUUAACUUUAAUUGUUGGUGCAUUUAUUCUCUGUUGGCUACCAUUCUUUUCCUAUUUUCUUCUAAGUGGUUUCUUUUUUCUUCAUUUAAAAAUGGAUCAUCCUCGACGUCAUGAAUUAUUACUACGGAUAUUUUCAUGGCUUGGUUAUACAAAUUCAGCAUUGGAUUUUUUUGUUUAUGCGUUAACAUCAAAAGAGUUUCGACACGCAUUUAUCAAAUUAUUAGCGGAAUCUGUAUUAAUACCGAGUGGUCCAGGGAAAAUGGCGGCGUCAUUAUUUUGA